CGGACGAUACAGCAGGCAGUCCGAUCCUUAGUGCUGAUUGUCGCGGCCGAAGCAGAGGCCGUAGGGAUAGUCAUCCUGCGGCCUCCGAAGGCAUGGCGGAGGGGGUGCUGAAGUUCCCCCGGUGUGCUCCGGGUUCGGAGGAGGUCAAGAAGGUCAACGAAGUCCUGGAGAAGGUGCGAGAUUGCAAGCUGCCUAGCCGGCGAGAGGCCAAGCUUCUGCCGAUUGUCAUUUUUUCCGACUUUGAGUUGGACGACCUCAUGGCCAUUGCGCAGAUCUGGCAGUGGACCGCCUUGCGCCUCAACGCACCCGAAUCUGCGAGGCCGGUCAUUGUGUUUAGCUGUGACUUCGCGACAAAAGACGGGGGCGGAGUCUUUGAGAAGAAGAUGCUGUUGGCACGGCUCAUGCUGGGGAUCACGCUACGGGACUGCUAUGUGGUCACCUGCGAGCCCGGGGAGGACCAGAAGAACUGGAGAUACUACGAUGGCCAGGUACACCCCAUGGCGGAGCAGAUCUUCCAAAAUACCGAGCGCGCCUUGCAGCAGGCUGCGCAGGAGAUCGUCACUUUGGCGGAGCAGCCCAUCGAUUUCUACGUCAUCGCGCCGGGCCGCGACCGCUUCGGCGAUCUGAUCGAAAAGGUCGCGGCCGACGCCGCCUUUGAAAAGAUCGCUUCGAAGACCCGGGUUGUCAUGUACACGGGGAGCUUCAACACGCUGGCCACCACGGAGAAGGACUACCAGCACAUCCGUAAGCUGUGCCAAGUGAAUCCCCUGGUGGACAUCUCCAAGUUCAUCUUCUUCGGGAAGGCGGAGGCCCACCCGGUGACCGCCUCCAUCGACACCUUCUCCUCGCCCAGUUUGGCCCCGGAGCUCUCAAAGCAGAGCCCCUUGCUGACGCAGGCCAUCGUGACCUUUGUCGAUGAGUUCCAGGGCAACCUCGUGAGUCCCAGCAACAAGUCCUUGUUCAGAGGCUCCACACUGACGCCUGAAGAGGAAGAGCGGUUCAAGAAGAUUUCGGAGCUCUCCUCAGACAUGCAGAAAUAUGCAGAGGCGCUGUGGAAGGACAAAGAGCUUUUCCAGAAGGUGCCGGGAUACAAGCAGACCACUGUGACAGCUUUCGCCAACGGCACCUGCGAUGCUCCUCUUUGUGAUCAAGUGUGUUUCUUGUACGAGUGGUGCCACAACACCGAGCUCCACGAGCUGGAUUUGAUGGAGAUCCAUUGGCCGCGAGACAUGGACUUGGAGUGGAAGGAUCUGGAGAGGGAGGAGGGCAGCUGGUGGCUCAACAAGACGAGAGGCUUCACAGGAGUCAGCACGGGCGAGCCCCCGGAUGGCUGCGACUUUCAGAACAUCAAGGCCAUCCAGCCGCAAAUGAAAAAUCCUAAAGAUCUGGAGCUCCUGGAGAAGAUGCGGAAGGUGCUGGAGCAGUUGGUCCUGCGACACUUGGCACGUGUGGGCCCGGUGAACAGCGCGGAGGACGUGAUUGGGAUCGAGGGCUGAGGCACAGAACCCGAUUUGGCAAAGCCUACCGGAGA